GGAUUAAAGACGUUAGAUUAAAGAUCCGGGUGAAAUCGGUGCUGUUAGAAUGAUGAACCUGACGCCUCCGCUGCUUCUGCUGCUCGUCGGCUCUCUGCAGCUGGUUUCUGGAUCUUUUUAUGCUCCUAAUCCAGGCCGCGGCAGCUGCUGUGAUAAAACCACAACAGUAAAGCUUCCUCUACACAGAAUCAGAUCUUACAGCUGGACCAGCAGUAACUGUCCCAUCAAAGCAGUGAUGUUCCAGACGAUUGUAGGAAACCAGAUCUGUGUGGAUCCUAAAGCUCCUUGGGUAAAGAAUCAUGUGAAAGCCGUGGAUCUUAAACUGAAAUCAUCAACAACCAGCAGAACCAUAAAACCCAGCACCAGCUCAACACCCAUCACAACCGUAACACCCAUCACAACCUCAACACCCAUCACAACCGCAACACCCAUCACAACCUCAACACCCAUCACAACCUCAACACCCAUCACAACCUCAACACCCAUCACAACCUCAACACCCAGUACCAACUCAAAGUCCAUCAGACAGAACUCGGGCCUCUCCACGUGGGAAUCAAACCACAACUCUGUGAGGAAAGCUCCUUUUGGUGCUAAUCCAGGCAGCUGCUGUGAUAAAACCACAAGAGUAAGGCUUCCUCUACACUUGAUCAGAUCUUACUUCUGGACUAGCAGUAACUGUCCUAUAAAAGCAGUGAUUUUCAGGAUGAAUGAUGGAAAGCAGAUCUGUGUGGAUCCUAAAGCUCCCUGGGUAAAGAAUCGUAUGAAAGUGGUGGAUCUUAAACAGAAAUCAUCAACAACCAGCAGAACCAUAAAACCCGUCACAACCUCAACACCCAUCACAACUUCAACACCCAUCACAACUUCAACACCCAUUACCAACUCAAAGUCCAUCAGACAGGACCUGGACCUCUCCACCUGGGAAUCGAACCCCAACUCUGUGAUGGAAGCUCCUUGCGGUGCUAAUGCAGGCCAUGGUGUUUGCUGUCAAAAUACCACAACAGUAAAGAUUCCUCUACACAAAAUCACAUCUUAUUACUGGAUCGACAGUAACUGUCCUAUAAAAGCAGUGAUUUUCAAGAUGAAUAAUGGAAAGCUGUUCUGUGUGGAUCCUGAAGCUGACUGGGUAAAGAAUCACAUGACACAGCUGGAAUUGAACUGCAACUCUGUGAUGGAAGCUCCUUGCGGUGCUAAUGCAGGCCAUGGUGUUUGCUGUCAAUAUACCACAACAGUAAAGAUUCCUCUACACAGAAUCACAUCUUAUUACUGGAUCGACAGUAACUGUCCUAUAAAAGCAGUGAUUUUCAAGAUGAAUAAUGGAAAGCAGAUCUGUGUGGAUCCUGAAGUUCCCUGGGUAAAUAAUCACGUGACACAGCUGGAAUUGAACUGCAACUCUGUGAGGAAAGCUGAAAGUGGUGCUAAUGCAGGCCAUGGUGUUUGCUGUCAAAAUACCACAACAGUAAAGAUUAAUCCACACAAUAUCACAUCUUACUUCUGGACCAGCAGUAACUGUCCUAUAACAACAGUGAUUUUCCACAUGAAUGAUGGAAAGCUGAUCUGUGUGGAUCCUGAAGCUCAUUGGAUAAGUAAUCACAUAAAAGCGGUGGAUCUUGAACUGAAGUAAAAUUUGAACCAGCGGAACCAUAAAACCCAGCACCAGCAUUUAACAACAUUUAAACUCAACAAAGGAGACGAUUUAACAUAAUGCUCUGUUUAUAAUCACUGUACACAUCUCACUGUUAGUCUUUAAUUUCAUAUAACAAUAAUAUAGGAAUCAAUAAUUACACAUUAUUGGGCGAGGGGCAGGAACACACACACGCUCACACACACACACAUUUUGGGCAACUAUUAGUAGCUCCAGUUGACCUGACAGCAUGUCUUUGUAAACCGGAGCAUCCAGAGGAAAACCACACAAGCACAGGGAGAACAUGCAAACUCCACACAGAAAAAACCCUGUCCACAAAUUUAAACCCAGGUCCUUCUUGCUACCCACCGUGCCAGCACCACACAUUAUAUAUUCAAUAAAACACUAAAUUAAUAUAGAAAUCAGUGAUUAUACACCACACACUGUGUCACAUCACCAGCUUGUUUAUUUUAUUUUAAGUUUGUUUUUCUCUCUUUUAUUAAACAGUUAAAUGAUUUCAGUUGUGUGUUAUUUUUAUAAUGAUUAGCUUUCAUUCUUCUUCCAUUUUAAAGGAACCGUUUUAUAAUCCAAUUAAAUAAACUGUAAACAAUCCUAGUUACAUUAUUACCCUCAUACUUGUGCUGCACUUUCUGAUUGUAAUUGUGAUUUUUCUGCCUGAACUUUGUUAAUAAAAAACC